CUGACAAAGUAUGUUUUUUUCUUGAAGUUUUUGAAAGAUCUGAAAAAUUUUUUUCUUAAAGAUUCCGCUACAUGCUCCUGAAUCCAGCAGAUCGUCUCGCUGAAGUUGUGAACACAGCCCGUGCAACAAUUCUCGUCGGUGGAACUAUGGAACCUGCCGAACUUCUUGUUGAAACGCUAGCCAAAGGAAAUGUGAACAAGAAAAUUCAGCGAUUCUCUUGUAAUCAUGUCAUCGACGAUGAUCAGCUUCUCUCCCUAGUUAUCGGUAAUUUCUAUUUAAAAAAAAAACAAAAAGCAUUCCGUCGAGCCGGAUUCGAACCAGCGACCUAAGGAUACCCACUGACUCUACAGUCCUCCGCUCUACCAACUGAGCUAUCGACGGUGACGAGAGCGAGAGGGCGAAAUUGAAAAGAUAUGAAAGCAUGCAUUGCGCUGGAGGGGGAGAGAAAAAGAGAACAUUUGUGUUGAGAAGAGAAAAUAUUUGUUUUCUUUUCAGAUAAAACAGUGGAUGGAAAACCGUUCAAAUUGACAUAUGAAACAAGAUCAAAUGAACAAGUUUUGCGAUCUUUGGCUAUUUCACUUCGAGUUCUGAUUCCUCAACUUCCAAACGGAGUUGUGAUUUUUGUGCCAUCCUAUGAUUUUCUAUAUAUGUUUCAAAAGAAAUUAAAAGAUUUCGGAUUAAUUGACAAAUUCCAGGUUUGACCUCUUUUUUAUCAAAAAAACAUGUCAAAUUAAUUUAUUUCCUUUUGUUAGAAGCCAAUCUUCACGGAAUCUCGUCAACCGAAAUCGGAUAUUUGGGACAAGUUCAGUCGAGCGGCAAAAUCGGAAAAAGGCGCUGUUUUGAUGGCUGUGGUGGGCGGAAAAAUGAGCGAGGGCAUCAAUUUUUGUGAUGAGUUGGGAAGAGCUGUGAUUGUUGUUGGAUUACCGUAUCCGAAUAAGAAUAGUGUGGAAUUGAAGGAGAGAAUGAGGGUGGGUGAAAAAAAGGGGAGGGGGGGGGGGGGGUUUGAUCUACAGAAAAAUUCAGUUUUUUGAAAAUCAUUGCUCAUAUUAGAAAAAUUGUGAAAUUUUCUGAUUUUUUGGUUGAAAAAAUUCGGGAAUUUGAUAGCCAUAAAAUCAGAUUUAAUAUACAUAAAACCAGAAAAAAAAUAAUCAAAAAAAUUAUUUUUUCUGAAAAAUCAUUGCUCAUAUUAGAACAAUGUGAAAUUGCUUGAUUUUUUAUAGGACUUUGAUGGCCAUUUUUUUUCAAAUAAAAAAAUUAAUUUAUCAAAAAUAAAAUAAAUUUCACUAAAAAGCAUUGCUCAUAUUAGAAAAAUGUGAAAUUUACUGAUUUUUUGGUGAAAAAUAUAGGAGUUUGGUGGCCAUGAAGCCAGUUUUUUCGAAUUCAGAAAAAAAUAAUUAUCAAAAAAAAAUUCAGUUUUUCGAAAAUCAUUGCUCAUAUUAUAAAAAUGUGAAAUUUUCAGAUUUCUUGGUGAAAAAUGGCCAUGAAAACCCGAUUUUUUCAAAUUCAGAAAAAAAAAUUAUCAAAAAAAAAAAAUUAGUUUUGCUGGAAAGCAUUGCUCAUAUUAGAAAAUUCUUCAAAUUUUUUUUAGUCUAAAUUUAUUUCAAAAAUAGGUUCAUGAUUUUUUUCGGUAUUUGGAAUACUUGAAAAAUCAUUGCUCACAUUGAAAAAUCUGAAAAUUUCGAAAUUUUUGGUCUAGAAAAAAAUUUUCAGUUCCUCGAUUCACAAAUCAAAAAUGGUGGAAAUCUACUGUAUGAAUCCCUAUGUAUGCAUGCUGUAAAUCAGGUUUGUUCUCAUUUUCACUCCUCUUUGUUUUAACAUACAUAUUUUCCCAGGCAAUUGGUCGUGCAAUUCGUCAUCGCCGCGAUUACGCCUCCGUUUUUCUCUUCGACGAACGCUUCAAAUCCUCAAAAUCCAAACUUUCCACGUGGAUCGGUCAGAAAACUCAAACUGAUUUGAGUUUUCAACAAGUCUUAUCAAAAACUAAAGAUUUCUUUGGAGCCAAAAAAUAA